UGACACACAUAUUAUUAUACACACACACAUACAUACACAUAUAGCGCUGCUGCUGCUGCUCCGGACUCUCCUCCUGCUCCUCCCGCGCUAAUUUUGCCUACAGAAGAUGCUCAGCCACUGGCGCCCCCGGGGUCGCGCUUCAGCCGACCGAUUUCCCGGAUUACCCGUGUUCUUGCUGCUUCUGAUGAUGCGGAGUCCCGUGUGCUCUGCCUUUAACUUGGAUGUAGAGAAAGUGACAGUUUACAGCGGCCCCCCGGACAGUUACUUUGGAUUCUCUGUGGACUUCUACUUGCCCGACUCCUCCAAAUCUAGUGUUCUUAUUGGAGCUCCCAAAGCCAAUACUUCCCAGCCGCAGAUAGUGGAAGGAGGAGCUGUGUAUUACUGUCCCUUCCCUGAUACCCCGGCUACUGGAUGCAAGCAGAUUCCAUUUGAUAUUACAAACAACAGAAACAUCAGGUUAAAUGGAACCAAACAGCCAGUUGAAUUCAAGUCGAACCAGUGGUUUGGUGCAACAGUCCGGGCUCAUAAGGAAAAAGUUGUGGCUUGUGCCCCAUUGUAUCACUGGAGAAGUGUUAAGCCCGUCUCAGAAAAGGAUCCUGUUGGCACUUGCUACGUUGCCAUUCAGAACUUCAGUGCUUAUGCCGAAUACUCUCCUUGCCGAAGUGACCUUGCUGAUCCUGCAGGACAAGGCUUCUGCCAAGCUGGCUUCAGUCUGGAUUUUUAUAAGAAUGGAGACCUGGCAUUGGGAGGACCUGGUAGUUUUUACUGGCAAGGACAAGUCUUUACAGCCAGUAUAGCAGACAUAAUUAAAGACUAUUCCUUCAGGAGCAUUGUAAGGAAGAUAACGGGCGAGAAACAAACAGAAAUGGCACAAUCUGCCUAUGACGACAGCUACUUGGGAUACUCUGUGGCGGUCGGAGAAUUUACUGGCGAUUCCGAGCAAGAGGUGGUGGCUGGAGUUCCAAGGGGAGCACAGAACUUUGGAUAUGUCUCUAUCAUUAAUUCAUCUGACAUGACCAUCAUUCAGAACUUUACAGGUGAUCAGAUGGCCUCCUACUUUGGAUACACUGUUGCUGUGUCAGAUGUAAACAAUGACGGUUUGGAUGAUAUCUUAGUUGGAGCCCCACUUUUCAUGGAUCGGGAAUUUGAGAGCAACCCAAGGGAAGUUGGAAAAGUCUACUUGUACCUGCAAGAAAGCGCUCUGGAAUUUAGAGGCCCUCAAAUACUGAAAGGCACAGAAGUCUUUGGGAGAUUUGGUAGCGCUAUUGCACAUUUAGGUGAUCUAAAUCAAGAUGGAUACAAUGACAUUGCGGUUGGCUCACCAUUUGCGGGGGAAGACAGAAAAGGCAGAGUGUUUAUCUACAAUGGGAACGACAAUGGGUUAAACACAGAUGCCUCCCAGAUUCUGGAAGGAGCUUGGGCCUCACAGUCAAUGCCUGCAGGAUUUGGCUUUACGCUGAGAGGCGAUUCAGACAUAGACAAAAACGAUUACCCAGAUCUUAUUGUAGGAGCUUUUGGAGCAGGAAAAGCUGUUGUCUAUAGGGCGAGACCAGUAAUCACUGUCGAUGCUCAGCUAUUGCUCCAUCCUACGAUUCUGAACCCAGAGAAUAAAACCUGCCAGCUCCCCAAUACUGAAUUUCUGGUGACUUGUUUCACUGUAAGAGUCUGUGUAACUGUGUCUGGACAAAGCAUCCCCUCAAAUAUUGUUUUGAAAGCUGACCUUGAACUGGAUUGGUUAAAACAGAAAGGUGCUGUGAAAAGAACACUUUUUAUGGAAUCCCACCAGGCCCACAAUUCUUUUGAUCUGACCAUUAAAAAACAAAGACUACCCCAGUGCUUGGGCUUCCUUGUUUAUCUCAGAGAAGAAAGUGAAUUCCGUGAUAAACUCACUCCAAUCAGUGUCAACUUAAAUUACAGUUUGGAUGAGUCAGCUUAUCUGGGUGACCAGGAAUUGAAACCAAUCCUCAAUCGUUACAAGGAAGCAACCAUUCAAGAGCAGGCACACAUUCUGGUGGACUGCGGAGAAGACAAUAUGUGCAUUCCUGAUCUCAAGCUCUCGGCCAGACCGGACAAGAAUCAGCUUGUCAUUGGAGAAGAGAAUCAUAUUCUGUUCCUCAUAAACACAAGAAACCAAGGGGAAGGAGCUUAUGAAGCUGAGCUGCAUAUGAUUAUCCCACCAGAAGCUGAUUAUGUUGGAAUUGAGCGCAAUAUGGAGGGACUUCGGCAACUCAACUGUGAAUAUAAAAUGGAAAACGAAUCUCGACUGGUGGUGUGCGAUCUUGGCAACCCUAUGGUGGCUGGAACAAAUCUGUCGGUUGGUCUGAGGUUCGUGGUGCAGCGAUUAGAAACUGUAGAUGCCAUAACAUUUGAUCUCUACAUGAAAAGUUCCAACAAGGACAAUCCGAACAGUAACUAUGUCAGCUUGCAAAUUAACAUAACUGCUGUGGCCCAAGUAGAAAUUAGAGGAGUGUCCCACCCCCCUCAGAUCAUUCUACCCAUUCCUAACUGGGAGCCGAAGGAAAAACCAACCGAAGAAAAGGAAGUCGGGCCAUUAGUGCAGCAUAUAUACGAGCUGCAUAACAUUGGGCCGAGUGCUAUAAGUGAAACAGAGCUGAGCGUGGGAUGGCCUUCCCAAAGUCGAGAUGAGUUCCUCCUCUAUGUAUUUCACAUUCAGACCGAGGGUCCCCUGAAGUGCCAGGCAAGAGGCGCCAUUAACACCUUACAUAUAAAGCCAAGUGAACCCGAAGAUACACCUGAGCUUGCUGCUUUUCUGAGAAAUAUCAGUGUAUCUCAUGCAGUGAGUCGCCGGGAUGUGGCUGUGGCAGAGGCUUUGAGGCACGUCCCUACACCAACAAAACUACUGAAUUGCACCAAUGUGAAUUGUUUAACGAUAUCCUGCAAAGUCGGGCACUUGGAUGGAGGUCAGCGAGCGGUGGUAAAAAUCCGGUCUCGUCUAUGGGCUCCAACAUUCUUACAGAGGAAAAAUGAUUAUUACUCACUUAUUGCCAAUGUUUCGUUUGAAGUCAAGAAGAUGCCUUAUAGCAUUCAACCAGCCAAACUUCCAUCAGCAUCCAUACCGAUAAAAACGUCUGUGAUCUGGGCCACUCCAAAUAUCUCAUUUGCUAUCCCUCUUUGGGUCAUCAUAUUGGCUAUUCUCCUUGGUUUACUAGUUCUUGCCAUUCUGACACUGGCUAUGUGGAAGUGCGGUUUCUUUGACAGAGCGAGGCCCCCACAGGAUGACGUUGCAGAUGACACUCAACAGUUAACAAACAAGACAGCAGAAGCAUGAAGGCAGAAGAAGAAAUGUUCUAAAUCUGGAGACAAUAAGUUAUACAAAGCAAUCUUUGUGAGUGAUAUCAUGAGAUGGAGUUGGUGCCUGAUGAAGGUUAUGAAAGAAAACUGCCUUAAAUUCUUGCAACAACAAACGGAAUUUUACUUGAAUCCUUUGGAGUUUUGUUUGGAUGAGUUUGUACCUUCUGGACAUUUGGUGAGAUGAUUGACUUUAAGCAAAAACAACGAGGCAGUGCUUACAUUACUGUCUUCCAAGGACUGGUUCUAUGAUGACUUGGAAACUCUUCCCUGGAGAAGACAAACCUCUUGGUUUUCGUUGUGGGUUGGCAGAGUGUUUGGAAAUGUCUGUGAAAAUGACAAAGACUUUUGAAAUUACGUUUUCAAGAAGACUUUUAUUUCUUCCAAUAUGUCCUCAGACAAUGACAGGGUUAGCAGCUUUGCAGACAAGUCUCGAACAUUGUCCAUGUUCUCCUAAUGCAACAUUCUCACCAAGAUGCAGAAAAAAAAAUAUUCUCUAUUUGAUGUCUAUGGACAAUGCACAGGCCACACAAUUCUGGAUGUCAGCAAUAUUUAAGGAUGGCACUAAAACUAAAAAAGCAUUGUAGUGCACUUGUUGUGCAGAUGUAUGGCCCCCAUUGUUGUGCCUUUACACAAGGAGAGUGUGUUUUUAAGGAUACCUGAACUACACCUUUUUACAUUUGGCUGGUAAAUAUGGCUGAACAAUCAUUCAGUGGCCAUUUUUAUACCACUGUCAAGUUAAAUUAUUUUUUGUUGAAUGUGUAGGACAAUCAGUUCUGUUGGGAUUUUGUUGUUCUGCUGCCAUUUUCCAUGUCUUGCAUAAGACAACAGUUACCCAAAGCAGCUCCACUUAAAUCAUGAGAUGCCUUAUAACUGUCUCAUAGUAUAAAUGAGUCAGUAAAGGAAAAUCAGCUCCUAUAAAUAAGAUCACAGCCUCCAUGUACUGUAACCACAACCACUGCUAGUGCAAUAUAAAGUGCAAUUACUACAAUUAGGCCGGACAGUCCGUACAGUUCCGAAUCAAUAGUGGACUGCACCCCGAGUCAUCAAAAAAAUCUUCCUGUGUAAACUUCAUGUAAUUACUGUUUCCGCUGUAUACGUUACCUCUAUAUUUACUGUUUUAUUUGUCACAUGAUCCUUAAAUACCCUUAGGGAGUAGCGAGUAUUUAAAACUCUCUGUGCAAUACGUAAUGAACCAAAGGCAUGUUUACACUGGCAUUUGUUGUACUUCUUUGUUGUUUUCUACAUGAAAAAAUAAACAGUUUAAUAAUGAGGAA